UGCUUCGUCACUUGCGUUUCGUUUGUCGUUUGUGUCAGUCGUGUGUAGGGCCGGAUUGUGAGAUCGCGAUAAUUUCAGUGAGUUCACCUUUAAAACUGUGUCGUUUUCUCGUGAGCUGACCUGGAUAACUUUCUAGAAGAAUCAAGUAACUAUUUGGAAGUGAUUUCCGUACUGUUUUGGUGAGAAAUCUCUUUUGGCGCGUGGCUAUUUCGGUGUAUUCUUAGUUGCCUACUCUCAGACGUAAACAAAACAAAAUGAGCACGAGCGUGUACAAGCCCAUCGGCCUUUUUCAGUCAAGAACGCCCGUGAAAAUGCUUUUCUGCAUGCCGGAAGUGCGAAAAGUCAAGAGGGUGCUCUUCGAACCUACGGAUCACGCGGCCACUCAGAAAUUCAUCGACGAGGAGCUGCAGAAGAUUACAGUAACGCAGUCCGAGAGAUGGAACUUCGACUUCAAAAAGGAGAGGACCCUCAACCCCAACGGGGUUUACAACUGGAGGCCUGUCACACCGCAGAAGGCCAUCCGGCCGAUCAAGAGGCGCCAGAGUCCUGCCUUGGAGGAGUUCGAAGUGGAGGAAUUGUACGGGUUCCCUCAGGAGAUCGUGAGACCGGUUCCCGUCAAAGCUACAGUUGAGAUGUCAUCGCCUAUUAGGAAUCAGAAAGCACAGCCACAACGUCUUAUUACUGAUUUCAUGCCCAUUAAAAAAAGAUCACUGUCUGACUGCACGAAAAAGACCGAAUGGGCAUCCACCAUGGAGAGACCGUCAAAAAUACCUCGACUCUCCGAUCUGAGUAGUUAAGAAGAAUGCACGGAAAUUGAAACCAUCUUCCACUUUGUUAUAAACUCGAUCUCGAAGUAAUAUCUAUUAUUAUUAAUGUAAAGUACAAUUUAAGUUUUUUUUCUUGAAAGAAAUUUAAUUAAUUAUAAGUUUUUUUUGUGUACAGUUUAAGUACUAUAUUUUGUUUUUUGUCUUUAUAUGUAUUUAUUUUAACGUAGAAUUUUGUUUCUUUCUUUUGAUCUCCAAAAUCUUUUCAUUUUGUUGGUGGUUUUUUCACGUGGGUUACCCAGUUCAACGCUUGAUCUGCAUUCUGGCGGGAAUACGGUGACUUUGUCGUCAAAAUAACGGCCAAAUCAGGGUAAAGAAUAUUUGAAUUAAAAAAAAAACAUUCGAUUCAGCUACACCGAAUAUCGAAAUGUUUUUGAAUAUUUUCCCGGUAAUCGGUAACUAAUUCAGUGUUCUUGCAUCACAUAAAACAGCUCUAUCUAUCACAUACUACAGGUGAAAAAGCUCUAAAGAAAAUAUUGGGACACAAUAGAACUGUGACAACACUUUUCUUGACACUCAUUGUAAAUGCAUCAUCAAAUGAUAUAAAAACUAUUACUGAGUGUAUUUAUAUCUAAUCUAAGAUGAACUUCCACGAUGAGUCAUACAUCAUGCUUGCAUUUGAAAAUACCAUAAUUAUUCUGUGUACAAUUUUGGAAAGAAUCCCUAUUACUUUUCAUAGUUCUCACGCCUCAAGAAUCUAGAAGUUUACUGUCAUGCAUACCACACGAAAAAACUAGAGCACGCUUUUUCUCGACGCGUAUUUUUUUCACCUCCUGAUGAUGCCAACUUGAUGAGCGAAACGAGCUUCGAGAAAGAACACCCUAACUCUGGUGUGCCGAAAAAGUAAUAUAAGUGUCAUAUACCGAUUUCAAUUCAAAGUAAAGUUUUUUAUUCCAUGUCCAUUCUCCUAGAUAGUUUGGUUGUAUAAAUAUAAUAAUGUCGUACGAUCUUCGAAAAUAGUUUGUGUAACUGGUUUAGUUUGACCAACGUAUUCUUUGUCACAGUCGUCACAACUUAUCUCAUAACUCAUUAGACCAAAAAAAACCCACGUUGGUCAAAAUAAACGAGAUAUCAGAACUUGUUUCAAAGCACAUUUUCCAUUGCAACUUUUGAAAUAAAAAAGUGCUUCAUUAGAACUAUGAACAGUAACAAGGCCAUUCGAAAAUGAAUAUUUUUCAUAAUAAUUAUUUUUAUCAAAAUCCACUCACGAAUUUCAAUUAGUAAUUGAGAAAUCAUUACGCAUGAUGAUGUAAAAGAGAAACGGAAGGUUUACCUUUUUAGAAAAGUCUGAAAACAUCCAGAUACCUAAUGAGACGAAUCUGGUGAAACGCGCUUUGAAAAAUGUGUCGCAGUUGGGUUGUGUUGAAAAAGUAUUUUCGUUAGAUUCAUUUCACAUCAUAGGUUCCAAUUCCACAUGUAAAUUGAAAAAUUAUUAAUAUUUAUUGUAAUGCCAUGCCUUCACUUUAAACCUAUAUUUUUGAACAUGUAUUAUUUAUUUUAGGAUUAAUGUUAGUUUUAAGUCGAUUCAAGGAAGUUUUGUACAGAAAUUUUUGUAUUCUAAAUUUGCGUUAAACUGAACUCGUGGCAUUUCAUCGAACGAUACAGUCGACCGAUGUGCAAUUUUGGAUUUGAAGGUCCCUUGUAAAUAUGGAAAAAGUCGAUGUAUCGCUCCGGAAUUGACAAAUAAAAUAUUCAAAAACAUUUUUCAAUAAAUCACAAUAUUCGACUGUUAUUUUGACGACACAUCAUAAAACAUGUUUUGCUACUACAAUCUGGUUAACGAGAUUUUUGGUUUCUAAAAUCGCAAAUGAAUUUUCAAAAAACGACCAGUUAGUAUGUAAUGAACAUGUGAUAUAUUCAGGUACAAAUCAUGGUCUUUUAAAGAUUUUUUUUAUAAAUAUGAGGCAGUGGAAGUUGGAAAUGUAUAUUAUAUUUUUUCUAACUAGAUUAUAGUGUGUUAGGGUUUUCGUUUCGAUUAUCUUCUAGCCAGGUAAAAGUGUUUGCAAUGAUGCAAAAUUCUUUUUGAAUAUAGGAAAUACUCUGGAAUAAUCGAAAAUGUCCGUGUGAGAGUGACGUUUACGAUGAAUUAUAUUUCGUCAAUUAUCAUUUUGGAGUACUCAAAAUGCUGUUUGUUUAUACACGUUUUCGAAAGAUCAACAUGAGAAAAUUGUUCAAAAACGUUUUGAUAUCAAGGAAAAAAUAGAUUGAGAACUUGACACAGCUGUUUUUGUGAAUCUUUUCGCAAAAUAUUCUGCUGUGAUUUUAUUCCAACUAACUGCUUGUGUUGUUACCCCCAAUUUUUUCUUUGAUAUCUCAGGAAGUGUAAAAAUAUUCUUUUCCUAAUUUUUGAACUUGAGUUUUUUCGUAUAUUCAACGUGAAAUUAUUCACCAAACGUUGGGAACUAAUUUGAUUUGACGGAUUAUCAAUGGUAUAUAUAGCCCAAAGAAAAAUUGAGUACAAAUUUUUUCCUCUUUUCUUCAGUGAAAACAAAUAAAUGGAACGUAAAUCGUAUUUUGGCAGCUGUUGCUGCUCUGUCGAUACGUAUAUUUGGAUGGAAAGGGCUUUUGUGGUUUAAGAAUUCACAGUCUAUUGUUUCGGGACGAUGAUGGAAAGUCGAGUUGUAAGAUUUUUUUGAAAAUGGACAAUGAUUCGCUCAGUCCAGUACAUUCUGGCGGAAUGAACAAGUUCGUGUCAACAGAAAAAAUGUCUCAUUGAUGAUGCUGGAAAAAUAUCCUUUAUCGACGUGCCAAAAAACUAAUCGCGUGUGGGUAGACAACCAGCUGGUUGGAAUUCUAAAUACGUUUUGAAUUUUUGCCAAGCGAUUUCAAGACGGUUAUUUCACCACAAUUAACAUGAAGCACAGCACAGAUAAUAAUCACAACACAAGUUAUUCAGAACCGUUACUAAAUAAAACAAAGAUAUAAUUGUAUGCAACAUAUAAAUUAUUCUCCAUUUUAUUUCUCAUGCAUUUUUUUUUUGGAAAUCCAAAAUCUACAGUUUGAUGUGGCAGAAAUUGUUCAUAAGAUAAUCUUUGAGAAAAUUUUUCAAGAAUUAUAUUCCCAGUGCAUCAAGUUUACUCGGUUAAAAUGUGUAAGAGACUUGAGUGUCUAAUAAUUUGAUAAAAUCUCGAGCAAAACUCAAAAAAUAAUUGAAUUUCAUGCUUGGUAAUAGAGCUUAAAAAUACGAGGAAUAUAUGCUCAGGUCAUUUCCAGAAAAAAGUGGCAUUGUGGAAAAUAAUCUUUCAUUAAUUUAAAAACUAAAAUCAAUUUUAUCAAAAACAACAGACUGUCAUUGUAUCGUUGAUUUGUUCUAGAACUUGUUCAUUCUGUUCGUCAGACUUCGAAAAAUUUCGACUCGUUUGGUUUUUGUAGGUUAGAUGUUUGCUGUUCGGUUAUUUCGAGACGAACUUAUCGCAGAGUUGAGAUCUCUACAAUUCUGCUUGAGGAUUUUGAGAUAUUAAAUGAAUAAUAUAUUUUUCAACAUCUGUGAUGUUUAGAAUAUGAUCUCAAAAUAUAAUUUUUAUAUAUUCUAUAAGUUGAAAAAUCCUUUCGCCGAAACGUUGCGACAAUGUCUGGGGUUGAAAACGCCGUUCGCACCGUUUCGGUAAGACUUUUUCUACUUCGAGUAGUGUAGAGUUAAUGUAAAUUUGUUGUAAAAAAAUAACAUAAAAUUAUAUGCGGAGCAUUGAAAUAUAGCUUCGAUUUGUUAGUGUA